UCAGCUAUUGGAAUUUUGGGACUGGUUUAUCAUAUAGCAUAAUGCAAAUCAUGCAAGAUUGAUCCAAAUCAGAUUUUCUCACACUUGUUUAAUGUUGGAUUUAAUUAGCAUUCAAUUAUUUUGUGUGUACUGAUCAUCUUGACAUCUUCAACACCUUAAAAAUUCAAUUAUUCAUUUCUCAAAAAUUAAAUAAACAGAUUUUACAACUUGAAGCUUUAAUCUUGAUUUCAAUCGGGCUAACUUGAGUUAUUCAAACUAUCAACUUUCUUUGAGUCAUUAACGUGCUUUAGAAUACAGGACUAACUCACACUGCCCGUGGCAGCGAUAGGGGCAGGGGGCUAGGGGUGAGCGGUGGCAGGUGAUUGUUAUGGCCGGUAUUUUAUGUAUCAAACAUAUUAAAAAUAAUUUAGAGGGUGUAUUCUAAAUACAUUAAAAUUUGACAUUGCAUUUGAUUUUUUUUUCAAGAAAAUAACUAUAUAUUUAAAACUCAUGCAUUUGGAACGUAAUACGCUGAAUAUUUGCAACCAAACAACUUCUUAAGUUUUGUCCACAUUAAUCAAAUUCCUUUAUAGUGAUCCGAUGAACCACGAUCUAUCUUUGGAUGUUUAUAUGGUAGUUAAAUGUAAUUUUCUUAGAACUACCUGCUUCUCAGUGCAACUAUGGCCAUCUAUGAUGUGGUUCAGCUCGUGAGAGCUGAUGUAUCUACAGUGGCGCUGGGAAUUGCGGCCUCCACAUCGGCAAUUAUCCUCGGCGGUGGCACUAAGGGCAAGAGAUUGGCCAUGCCAAAUACAAGGAUAAUGCUCCAUCAGCCUCUUGGUGGUGCCAGUGGUCAGGCUAUUGAUGUUGAGAUCCAGGCCAGAGAGAUCAUGCACAACAAAGAUAACAUCACUAGACUAAUCUCAGGCUUUACGGGACGUCCAUUUGAACAGGUUCAGAAAGAUAUUGAUAGGGACCGUUAUAUGUCGCCAAUAGAGGCCGUGGAAUAUGGCAUCCUUGAUGGUGUUAUUGACAGGGAUUCUAUCAUUCCAUUGGUCCCUGUCCCAGAGAAAGUGAAGCCAAAAUACAGUUAUGAGGAGAUUAACAAGGAUCCCAGAAAAUUUUUAACACCUGAGGUUCCUGAUGACGAGAUAUAUUAGCUCAAAAACCAUUCACCAGGAGGUAUUCCUUAUCUUCGUUGUUUUUUUUACUGCUUUUUGUUUUUGUUGUAAUGGGAUUUUGUAGUUUCAUCAACUUCAUUUGGUAAAGCUGUUGAAUAUGUCAAGUUCUAUUAUUCUUGAUGGAGAAA